AAGAGAACACGACAAGCCGUCCAGUUGCAGUGUUCUGUCGAUAACUUCACUGAGCUUUAGAUCUCUCCUUUAUCUACAAAUACAGAUAUAAGAGAAAAUGAAAUUAGUUAUCUGUGUCAUUAUCGUCACCAUCUGUCUAUUCAUUAUUGGCAACUCUGCUUUUAUAGACAUGGAGAGAGAUGCAAAAAAAGAUCCUGGUAUUCCACUCCAAACUGGCAGGCUUAAUAUUUCCAAAACUAUGCAGGAUUGGAGCUGCAACAGUGCAUGUUCACCCCCUCUUCAUUGUCGAUUGCCCCGCUGUACAAAUGUUGUAUUCCCAAAUGCAUUCCAGGGAUCGGGAGCGGUUAACGUUCACGUAACUGUGAGUCAUGGUGAGAAGUUCUCACGUGUGCAUUCACCUUCAGCUGUCUGGGUUCAAUCUAUUACUGCACGUGGCUUUAGAGUGUGUGCACGUGAGCCAGGCAUUGGGUCAAAUGGAACAGGAAUCAUCAAUUGGUUGGCUUUUCAAGAUCAUCCACAAAUGACACUUGGCAGCGUUAUUUUUGAUGGGAUAUGGACAACGGAAGCUAAGUGUGAAAAAGUUACCUUCUCACAGAAUUUUCCUGCAAGACCUUUCGUGUUUGUGUCAGCUAGAUACACGCGUGACACAAAGCCAGAUGACGCUAUGUAUGUUUGGUUGGAAAAUGUAAAUUCCAGAAGUUUCGAGGUGUGCAUCCGAGAGUUUCUGUCCUUCGAUGGGAAACAUCAAGACACCAUUGUGGACUGGUUCGCAUUUGUUGGAAAUAGCUCUGAAUUCAAUUUAACGCUGUCAGGAGAAACAGAUUUUCCAAACAUUGGUUCGCCGACAGCUGAGGACAAUUAUGGUUUCUGUCAAGAAGUGGAGUUCAACACAACCUUCUAUGCCUCACCAGUUGUCCUUGUGUCUGUGCAUCAUAUUUACAACCCUCAAGUCAGCGUGAAAAGCCCCGUCUUACCGAAAAAUAACAUUAUAUCAGCCUGGGUUGAGGAGGUUAGCCUCACAUCCAUGAGGAUUUGUGUUAAAGACUUGAGUGGAACAGGAAGUAAACACGACCCUCUCUCUGUUAGUUACAACGUGAUUGGAGACCUCAAUCCCUGCCUAGACGUGUUUUGCCCAUCAUUUGGAGUCUGCAAAACAUACAGUGCCCAUGAAGCUCGGUGUGUGUGUAAUGACAACUGCCCUUCGUAUCAAGAUCCAGUCUGCACCGAAAAUGGAACAACGUAUGACAACGAAUGUCAGUACAAGUUGAGUUUCUGCAAGGGACUGGACAAUAAUACCUUGUACCAUUCUGGAGGCUGUGAAGGCUUUCCAAUCAUUCAUGGUCGAGUUAAGCUUCUUCGAGUUCCUGAUUGGUCAGACUCAAGUUGCAAAACAGUCGUAUUCCCACCGUACCGCUUCUAUCCGAACAAAGAUGUUCAUGUACAGAUCACCCUUAAUCACAUGAACCUGAAUGACUCCAACACAGUGCACCAUGCUAUCACAUCUUGGACCGAAAAAGUCAACAAUCAAAAUUUUACUGUCUGUGCUAUGCAAUCUGGGAGAAAUGGAAACAACUUUAAUCCUUUCGCAACCGUUGAUUGGAUGGCGUACCAAGGAGCACCCCCAGAGGGAAUGACGGGAAGAAUCAAGAUGACAAAAUGGUGGUCAGGAACGAAUUGCGCAGAUGUAACCUUUUCAAAGGACAAGUUUAAAGGUAUACCAGUUGUCCUUGUGACGUCUGAUCACUAAAGAAGUGGAAAGGAACACGACGCUGCGUUGAUCUGGACAGAAGAUGUAUCCAAGGACUCGUUCAAGGCUUGUUUGCGUGAGCUGCAAAACUUUGAUGGCAUGCAUCAAGAUAUUUAUGUGACCUGGAUGGCGUUUGCUAAGUUGCAUAAGCCCCUCUUCACUGAAUAUGGCUCUGUAAACUUUCCAAACACGAAUCCACCAUGAGAUGAAGACAACAAUGCUUACUGCGAGUUUGUGCAUUUUACACGAAUUUACAAUGCGACACCAUCCGUCCAAAUAUCAGCAAAUCACAGCACAACAGCAAGUGGAAACUUGGCACCAG